AUGCCGAGGUCCUUCCUAGUGAAGAGCAAGAAAGCGCACAGCUAUCACCAGCCUCGCUCCGCUGACGAGGACUACAGCCUGCGGCUGGAGACGGUGCUAGCCCAGAUCUGUGCAGGUAGGAGUCCCUCGGCCUCAGGCUCGCUUGCGCCUUCUCAGGGGCGCUUCUCCCCGGAAUCCCACCUUACCGAGGCUGCCGAUGGCACCUCCGAGUCAGCGCCUAGCUGCGAGGGCAGCGUCUGCGACAGGGUGUCCGAGUUUGAGGAUUUCUGGAGACCUCCCUCGCCCUCCGUCUCGCCAGCUUCGGAGCGAUCUGUGUGUCCGUCCCUAGACGAAGCACCUCCAUUCUCAGUGCCCUUCAAACCAUACAUGUGGAACAGCCUGGGUGGCUCUGAGCUGAGGCACCUUGUGCAAAGUUACAGGCCCUGCCCAACGCUGGAGCGAACCUCUGCCCUGGGACUUUUCUGUGAGCAAGGCUCUGAGCCUGCCCUCUACAGUGCAGAGUGUAGCUCUUCCCUUGGACUUUAUGGUGACUUCGGCUCCCCGGGCCCGGGGCUGUUUGAGCGGCCACCGGCAGCAGCACCUAGACUCUAUGCUGAAUCACAGCCUGGGCUGCAGCAAGAGAAGGGGCCAGGUGGCAUCAAAGUGGAAUCAGACCUCUUGUGCCGCCCAUUGCUCAUCAGUACUGGCUCUUACAAGUGUGUCAAGUGCAGCAAGGUCUUCUCCACGCCGCAUGGCCUUGAGGUACAUGUGCGCCGCUCACACAGUGGCACGAGGCCCUUUGCCUGUGACAUGUGUGGCAAGACCUUCGGCCAUGCAGUCAGCCUGGAGCAGCACAAGGCCGUACACUCACAGGAACGCAGCUUUGAUUGUAAGAUCUGUGGCAAGAGUUUCAAGAGAUCGUCAACUUUGUCCACCCACCUGCUUAUCCACUCGGACACCAGGCCCUAUCCAUGCCAGUACUGUGGGAAGCGGUUCCACCAGAAAUCUGAUAUGAAGAAACACACUUUUAUUCACACAGGUGAGAAGCCUCACAAGUGCCAGGUGUGUGGAAAAGCCUUUAGUCAGAGCUCCAACCUCAUCACCCACAGUCGGAAGCAUACAGGCUUCAAGCCCUUUGGCUGUGAUCUGUGUGGCAAAGGCUUCCAACGGAAGGUGGAUUUACGGAGACACCGGGAGACACAGCACGGCUUGAAAUGA